UGUUUGUAAUCCUCUCGAUCGUAGGUGUUCGUUGUUGGUCAUGACAUUGGAGCAUUCAUCGGCUGGAACAUGUGUCGCAUGAGGCCGGAUCUAGUGAGAGCCUAUGCUUCUCUUGGAGUUCCCUUCACGGGAGCCGGAGGAGCUCCACCUUUUGGAUUUCCCACGGAAGAAGGAUUCUACGUGAAUCGCUUUGCUGUGCCUGGGCGAGCCGAGAAAGACUUCGCUCGAUUCGACACGGCCACCGUGCUCAAGAACAUUUACACGCUUUUCUGCCGGUCCGAGCUCCAGAUCGCCGGGCCUGACGAGGAGAUCAUGGAUUUGGUCACCACCUCGGACACCACCCCGAGUUGGCUCACCGAGGAGUUUAUCAAAGUCCAGUCGGAGCUCUACGAGAAGUCCGGUUUCGAAGGCCCGUUGUGCUUCACGUAUCGCAAUCUCAUGAGGACGUUUGAGCUCUUGGCUCCCUGGAUCAACAUGGCAGUGACGAGCCGCUGCCUCUACAUCACUGGCAAAGACGACUACGUGCGCAAGGUCCCGGGCCUGGACGAGUACGUGACCGGCGGUGGAAUGAAGCGAGACGUUCCCAACCUUGUCGAUGUCGCUGUUGUUCCCGGCGGCCAUUUCGUGGAGGAAGACUCGCCCGAGGAAGUGAACUCCUUGCUCAUACACUUCUUCAAAGAGUAAA